CAGAGCUGCCAACUUUAAAAUAUUUGCAAGAAAUUAGUAUUAAAUAUUAAUUAGACUUAUAAUUUGGUUUCCGAGCAGACAAAAUCAACCAAUAUGAAUAUAGCACGCUGCGGACUUGGGCGCUGCAUUCUGAAAUAUCCAUCAGCUUCGCAAUGGAAUCGCAUAACUAGGGCUGCCAACGUGACAGCUGUCAAUGGAAAUGCCCCAAGCUCCAUUCGAACUGCAACAACAAAGCCAGAUCGAAAAAUUUACGCCAUUUUGCAAUUGUCUGCUCAGACAAUUAAAUCAAUUCGCAGCUAUUCGAGUAAAUCUAUCGCCAGCAGCAUGGAGGAGCAUUGCAUUGUGCCCGAUGUGAUCGCCAAGGCACCAAAGUGCAGCGUUUCAGUUGAAUAUGAUGGCGGUAUUUCUGUAAAAGCCGGCAUGGUACUGACUCCCACCCAGGUGAAAGAUCAACCCUGUGUGAAAUGGGAAGCCGACAAUUCGAAAUUGUAUACGCUCUGUAUGACCGAUCCGGAUGCACCCAGUCGCAAGGAUCCCCAGUUUCGGGAGUGGCAUCACUGGCUCGUUGGCAACAUUCCUGGCAGUGACGUAGCCAAGGGCGAAGUUCUCUCCGCCUACGUCGGUUCAGGACCACCGCCAGAGACAGGGCUGCAUCGCUACGUCUUCCUGGUCUACGAGCAACGGCGCAAACUGGACUUUGAUGAGAAGCGUUUGCCCAACAACAGUGGCGACGGACGCGGCGGCUUCAAGAUUGCCACCUUUGCCAAGAAAUACGCUCUUGGCGAUCCCAUUGCCGGCAAUUUCUACCAGGCCGAAUAUGAUGACUAUGUGCCCAUUCUCUAUAAGCAACUGGGUGCUUAAAGCCUUUCACAUGUAUUGAUUAAAUAAUCAUACAUAAUUUUGAUUGUUAAUCCAAAAAUUCGUUUGUAAUUGGAAGAAAAAAAGAUAGUUGAGUAAAAGAGGCAAUAAAAUUGCUAAAAAUCUGCAUUUGGAA